CCGCCUUGUGCUUCAUUCCAGUGCACAAGCCGAGCGAAACAAGACGGUUUACGCGGCAGCCAAAGCCGAUAAAUUCGCUCAGGGAAUAAAUAUCUAUAAACCGCGGCUCUCUCCUUAUAGGAAUACCACUUGACGCACGUGAGCGUGCACGUAUGGGACUAUACAGCAUAAUCCUGACAGCACUGCCGCUAUCUCUGCCUCUGCUCUGACUAUAGAGAAAGUGCUUGGAUCUCUCGGAGAAGGUUGGCAUUUCCAUUUUUUCUUUCUUUUUUUGUUACCUGGUAUCAUCCAAACGCUGCUGGAAAUAUUCUCCGGAUGGUGACCACGGGCUGGACUACCUGUUUUCAGUGCAUUCACUCAAUGCGAGGGGAAGGGACAGUGAGACUUGCGCCUGUUGUCUUUUCCCUGGUUUAAUAAGGCACUUUGGAAAUCACUGAAAAGGGGAGAAGGGCUGACAUUUUUUAUAUCAAAGGCGAUAUUUGAUCUGAACUCUCACCUCUAUGUGUUUUGGUGAAUGGAGGUAACUCUGGUCCUGGAGGUUUGACACAGCGGGGACCGGGACGGGACUGGGUGCGUGGAGCGUCGGAUCACCCAGGAUUGUAUUCCCUCCUCACUCUCUCUGCCGUGGGUCUAUUUACAUGUCCGACCUGACCGCUUUAUGACAAUGGAUUACUUUCUGCUUUUAUGCAGCCUCUUGCUGCCUGUGGUGUCUGCCGUGGAAGAGACAUUGAUGGACACAAAGUGGGCCACGACAGAAUUGGCUUGGACUGCACACCCUGAGACUGGGUGGGAAGAGGUCAGUGGCUACGACGAUGCCAUGAACCCCAUCCGGACGUAUCAAGUCUGCAAUGUACGCGAACUCAACCAAAAUAACUGGCUACGUAGCGACUUCAUCCCGCGAAAAGAUGUACUGCGCGUAUAUGUGGAGAUGAAAUUCACAGUGCGUGACUGCAACAGCAUUCCCAACAUCCCUGGUUCCUGCAAAGAAACAUUUAACCUCUUCUACUAUGAGUCUGACUCGGAUUCAGCCACGGCUACCAGCCCUUUCUGGAUGGAGAACCCUUAUGUGAAGGUUGACACCAUCGCCCCAGAUGAGAGCUUUUCCAUGCUCGAGUCUGGACGGGUAAACACGAAAGUCAGAAGUUUUGGCCCGCUGUCCAAAGCUGGCUUCUACUUGGCCUUCCAGGAUCUCGGUGCUUGCAUGUCGCUCAUCUCAGUCAGAGUGUUUUAUAAGAAGUGCUCCACCACAAUCGCCAACUUCGCCGUAUUUCCCGAAACGGCAACGGGGGCUGAAGCAACAUCGCUGGUGAUAGCCCCAGGAACUUGUGUCCCCAAUGCCUUGGAGGUGUCUGUGCCGCUGAAGCUUUAUUGCAACGGAGAUGGGGAGUGGAUGGUUCCUGUAGGAGCCUGUACCUGCAUGGCUGGUUUUGAACCGGCCAUGAAGGACACCCAGUGUCAAGCUUGCAGCCCUGGCACCUUCAAGUCCAAACAGGGGGACAGUUUGUGCUUGCCCUGCCCAGCCAACAGCCGUGCCAGCUCGGGAGCAGCCAGUGUUUGCUCCUGUCGAAACGGUUAUUACCGCUCAGACACAGAUUCUCCCGACUCCCCCUGCACUACCGUUCCAUCCGCCCCGCGCAGCGUCAUCUCCAGUGUCAACGAAACCUCGCUCGUGCUGGAGUGGAGCGAGCCUCGUGACCUGGGCGGCCGCGAUGACGUCCUCUACAAUGUCAUCUGUAAGAAGUGCCUCCCCGACCGGGGAAUGUGUUCGCGCUGCGAUGACAACGUAGACAUCUCACCGCGCCACCUGGGCUUGACCCAGCGGCGUGUGGCGGUCCGGAACCUGCAAGCCCACACACAGUACAGCUUCGAGAUCCAGGCGGUCAACGGCGUUUCCAACAAGAGCCCCUAUACGCCACAGUUCUCCGCCGUGAACAUCACCACAAAUCAGGCCGCUCCCUCUGCAGUGCCCACAGUUCACCUGAUGGCGGCCACAGCGAGCACCAUGAGCCUGUCCUGGCUGCCUCCAGAGAAACCCAACGGAAUCAUUCUGGAUUAUGAGAUUAAGUACCAUGAGAAGGAUCAGGGUGAGGCCAUUGCCCAUACCAUGACUGCCCAACGGAGCAACGCCCGCAUUGAAGGUCUUAAGGCUGGUACACCUUACGUGGUGCAGGUCCGCGCUCGAACAGUCGCUGGUUACGGUCGCUACAGCAGCCCAGCCGACUUCAGCACCAACCUCCAAACUGACCCCCCAAAGUCACUGCAGGAGCAGCUGCCGCUCAUCGUUGGAUCAGCCACUGCCACCUUAGUCUUCAUCAUUGCAGUUGUGGUCAUCGCUAUUGUCUGCCUGAGAAAGCAGAGAAACGGUUCAGAGUCAGAGUACACAGAGAAACUGCAGCAGUACAAAUCCCCAAUAGUAACGCCGGGAAUGAAGGUCUACAUUGACCCCUUCACCUAUGAGGACCCCAACGAGGCAGUGCGCGAGUUUGCCAAGGAGAUCGAUGUGUCCUGCGUGAAGAUCGAGGAGGUCAUUGGCGCAGGUAACCCACCAAAGCUCCUGAGCUACAGGGGGAAGACUGCUAGUCACCUCCAGGCCAUACCAUUAGAGGACUUCACACCAAGCGGAGAGUUUGGGGAGGUGUGUCGCGGUCGCCUAAAGCUGCCCGGGCGCCGGGAGAUCAUCGUAGCCAUCAAGACUCUCAAGGUGGGCUACACCGACCGGCAGAGGCGAGACUUCCUAUCUGAAGCUUCCAUCAUGGGCCAGUUCGACCACCCCAACAUUAUCCGCCUGGAAGGUGUGGUCACCAAAAGUCGUCCGGUGAUGAUUGUGACCGAAUUUAUGGAGAAUGGAGCGCUGGACUCUUUUCUAAGGCUCAAUGAUGGGCAGUUCACAGUGAUCCAGCUGGUAGGCAUGCUCCGUGGGAUCGCAGCAGGCAUGAAGUACCUGUCAGACAUGAACUACGUGCACAGAGACUUGGCUGCCCGUAACAUCUUGGUUAACAGUAAUCUGGUGUGUAAGGUAUCUGACUUCGGCCUGUCUCGUUUCCUUGAGGAUGACCCCACAGAUCCAACCUACACCAGCUCACUGGGAGGGAAGAUCCCCAUUCGCUGGACCGCUCCGGAGGCAAUCGCCUACAGGAAGUUCACCUCUGCCAGCGACGUCUGGAGCUACGGCAUCGUCAUGUGGGAAGUUAUGUCGUAUGGCGAGCGGCCGUACUGGGACAUGAGCAAUCAAGAUGUGAUAAAUGCUGUGGAGCAGGACUAUCGACUGCCCCCACCCAUGGACUGCCCGACGGCUCUGCACCAGCUCAUGUUGGACUGCUGGGUGAAAGAAAGGAACCUACGACCUAAAUUCACCCAGAUCGUGGCCACGUUGGAUAAGCUUAUUCGCAAUGCUGCCAGUCUCAAAGUAGUCACCAACAGCACACAGUCCUCAGGGGUUUCUCAGCCCUUGCUUGACCGCUGUGUGCCAGACUAUACCACUUUCACCACUGUGGGGGACUGGCUGGAUGCCAUCAAGAUGAGCCGCUACCGUGACAACUUUGUCAACGCAGGAUUUGCUUCCUUUGACCUGGUGGCCCAGAUGACAGCAGAGGACCUGCUGCGGAUAGGGGUUACAUUGGCUGGCCAUCAGAAGAAAAUUCUUGGUAGCAUUCAGGACAUGAGACUACAGAUGAACCAAACACUUCCUGUCCAGGUGUGAGUGAGAAGACACGCAAACCGAUGCAGUCGAAGGACAGCCAGAUGGAAAAAGGGGGAGAAACUGUGCCAGAGAUUGCCACUGGAAAACCCUAGCUGCCUGACCCAUCUCUGCCAAUUAGACACUACGAAACUGGCUUGCAGUGCCUCUGAAUAUUUUUUUUUCUUUAUUUCAUUACCACUUACAUUUCCUGUUUCUGCAUUUUUUUGUUAGUUUUCUUUUUUUUUCUCCCCCCAUCCAAUCGGAGCUUGUGUGUUUUUUAAAGAGGAGAAAUAGUUAACCCCCGUAUAUCCUUACGCGUGCCUCACCAGCUCUGGAGUGAGUUGAUGUUUGCAUGCAUGUGCGUUGUAGUGGAGUUGGCCUUAGUCCUGUCACUUAAAUGUCACACUCUUAUCCUCACACAAGAGCCCCUCCCCUUGAUUCCUGUUCCCAGCUCUGCUGGAUGAUCUAUGUAGGAACGAAGGAAGACCCUUGUAUAAAAAAAAGUGAAAAAGUUUUUACAUAUAACGAAAAUUAAAGCAAAAAAAAAAAAAAGUGUUUCAGACCACGGGAGAGCGAGAGGACAGUUUCCUUGUUUUGAUUUUUCCUUGCUAGAAGUUGUUUUAUUGUGCACGUGUGUUGUUCUCCAUCUUCAUAUUGAAGGUGUGUUAUCUAAAAGGGCACUUGCUGGAAAAAGGUGGGAGGUGGAGGAGGGCAAUACGAUGGGCUGCGGUCUAAAGGUCGAAGGAGUGACGGAGGUCAAUAAAGGUCAAACGGAGGCGGCCAUAUUUCUGGACACCUGUUUUGGUUGCUGGAUCCUCGGUAGCUCAGCAGACGACCUCUUCACUCUGACCUGAAGUGACUCAGGAUAGUUUCCCAGCGUGGGAACACCUGCUCAUCAACUGCAUUUUACACCUGGUAUUUUUUUUUUUUUUUUGCUACUUUCGUUUCUCUGCACCAUAUUUUCUGUUUGUCUGAUUUUUUUUAUUUUAAUGUUUUUCUUUCUUGAUCAUAUUUUGGGAGAUUUGUGGUUUCAAAACGACUGGUCAGACUGAAGUACCCCCGCUGGAUACGUGGUGACGACUGGGGGGGAGACGAGGACUGUGGCAACAAAAUAGAAAGACCCUUUUGGCCUUUUUGUGUGCAUUUUUGUAUGUGUGCGUGUGUGCAUGUGGGUUUGUAUGUGUGAUCAAGUGCGACUGGAUGCGCGGGUGUGGCGAGUUGCACACAAAUAUACUGUACAAUACGGCUUCCGCUAUUUGCCACCAUGGAGAAUUUACGCAUGAACUGAACUGUGAUAAGGAGCAAAUAUAUCUGAAACACUUAUGCUAUAUUCUGUGGACAACUGUUAAAAACAUUCUUUUUUUUAUUGAAUCCAAAAAAAUGGACUUUGGACGUAAACAUAUAUAUAUAUAAAAUUAUAUAUAUAUAUAUAUAUAUAUGCAUCAUGCAGAAACUGAAGACAAACCAUGAUGGACACUUUAAUUUCUACUUUCUAUUGUGUGGGUUUAGAAAUAAUCAGAAUCCUUGUUUUAAUUUCUUGGCAUCCUGCCCUAUGUAUUUAUUUGUACCUCACCCGCCAACCCACACACCCCUCCCCAACAACACCCAGAAGGACUUUAGGCCGUUUGGGGACUUGGAACAAUCAGAAGGAAGAGAAACUCCCAAGAGGAUUCACCUAUUGAAUUGAUGAUUAUUAAAAGAAGAGAAAUUGCAUAAUAAUUGGAUAUUGUAUUUUUGUUGUUGUUCUAAACAGCCUGUACAUGUUUUGUAACGAAAAAUAAGAUAAAUAACAAGAGAAAAAAAUGGUGUUUUGACAAAACAGACAUGCUGUUGUGAAAUGUUUGAUUUUGAGUGAAAAAAGGACAAAGGAAGAAGAGGGAAAGUCAGGAAGUAGGGUGGAAGAGUUGAACACCACGCGUCUGGGUCUCGUCUGAAUUGCCAACUCACUGUAGGUGUGUUUAAGUUUUUGUCUGCCAUUUAAACUUGAUAUUAAGCUUCCCUGAAUCCAUUCUCAUUCGCAACAUGAAGAGCGUUUGUGAAGCUGUACUUAAUCGUCUUCCAGGCACAUUAUUUUCACUCCUUAAAGUCACUUAAAUGCAGACCAACACAUCUUACCAAGGACUGUUAUUAUUAGGGAGCAGGUCCAGAGGCAUUGUUGUGUCAGACUAGUCAUUUCACCAGAGCACCCCAAGAGGUGGAACUCCAUCAUGUGACCUGCACUUCCCUACAAAACGAUACUCACGUGAGAGACAUCAGAGGAGAAACCUGCUGGUCACUGUUGGUUAAAGUAAUGCUGAGGCCCAUCAGGUCUCACAAGGAUAUAAGCAUGCGGCUGACGCAGACAUCCAGGGCAAGAUGACCUAUCAUUAGAGCUCUUCAUUCCCUCUGUGGCCUGUAAUCAUCCUGUUUCAGCUCAUGCCGCUAGUGCACGAUUAGUACAGUGCAGGAUCAACAGCCCAGACACGCAGUCAAAAUCUGCAGCUCCUUUCAUCGUAACUGAAAGCCACAAUUCUGAGACUGCACCAUCUGCACUCCUCACAGAGAGGUAUUUCAAGUUAGCUGAAUAAGGAUCCACAAGGUACAUCACCGGUGUGACCUUCCAGAGGUAAUCAGCACAUUAUGACAAUAUGAUUCCAUAGAUAUGUAAGGACAGCAUGAUGUUAGCGACCGUGGAGCGUGCCAACCCCCUCAUAAGUUCUUUCAAAUGAGGAGGACAUUAUGCAAAACAUACAAUGCGUUCCCACCUUUGCGUGUUCUCAUUCCACAUACAUGUGUUGUCACUACUGCUAGUACACUCAUUAAGGGCUUACUAACAUGUAACAGUUGUAGGAGAAGCUCAAAUAGGAAUUCUGCAGUAAAGUCAGACUUCAUCGAGGUUGGCAGGUCGUAUUUGACAUGAUGGCUCACAACCAGGUGUGUCAGUACCGGCGACAACAUUUGCUAACACAAUCAGAAUCUGUUAGCAGGCUCUUUUUUUUCACAAUUAUAUUGUUUCCUCUUCUGAUGCAAAACACUGUUUUGUUGGAAAAGAGCGACAGACAUUGAGAAAUGACAGAUGCAGAAAUAACGGACUCAUAGUCUCACUUUUUUUAUUUGUCAAAGUUUCUUACCAUACACUUCCUCCACUGGCUCAGUCACUCAGCUUAACCCCACUGUUGUCAACUUGGACGCGGUGCCAAACGAGACACAGCUGACGGGCAUACAAAGCUAGAAAGCAGGGAAUAAAGGGGCUCAACGAAAUCAGAUGGCAGACAUGCCUAAUCAUGAAAAAUGACAGUUUUGGAGCUCGCAUGAACUCUUGAUGAGGUGCACAUGGUGUUCCGGAGCCUGGAGUUGGGUUCACCAAAGUUAACCGGCCAUGAGUGAUGAGCUCAAAUGGCAGCGUUGCACAUAUUUAAAAGAUUAAACCGUCACCACAUCAACGCAAACAAUUAAUCUUUAAGUGUAUUUUUCACACAUUUGGGAGAGUGUUUCACAUUUAACAUCGCUGAGAGGAAAUGGCUUUCUCUCCUGUGUUCUUUGUUCAUUUAUCAGACUUUAUGAUGCUGAAAUUGAGAUAAACUGGUACUUUUAGUCUGUGUGAGCAUGUGCGUGUGUGUUUGUGUGUGAGACCAUAUGUUAGAAAAGUAUUGCCGUUUUGAUCAGCAGAGAUCGGGCUUUGUCCGCUCUCCUUGUGUGCCACAUGGAUUUAAACUAUCCAAACAUUCCUGCCUUUCUUUACAUUUUACAUCAUCCACCACAGCACAUUCACCCGCCCUCGCCAAACCCCGCCCCUACCCCCGCCCCUCA